AUGGAAGUUAGAGAGAGAGAGGGCCGAAGGGUGAGUGCUUCAAGACAUAACUCAUCUGGUGUUGGUGGCUCUUCUAACCCAUCCUCUCAGACUCCUAUACAAUCUAGUCCAAAUUCGCAAUAUUCGGAUUUUGCCAACCCUCAUGGAUUAGAUGCUAUUGACCUCAAUGAUGAUAUUGAAGAUCGGAGGCAAGAUAGUAUUCAACACUGGCAUUGGAAAGAGGAUGAGAUGUUGAUCAGUGCAUGGUUAAAUGUUUCAACUGACCCUGUAGUUGGUACCGAUCAAAAGGGGGAAACAUUUUGGAGUCGAAUUCAUAGCUACUGUUUAGAAUUUUGCACCGACAUGACAAGGGGGGUAGUUGCAUGUAAGAAACGAUGGUAUAAGAUCAACAAGGCUAUGGCACAAUUUGCUUGUUGCUACGAUCAAGCUAGUCGAAACAUAAGGAGUGGUUCGAACGCUGAUGAUAUAAAGGAGUUGGCUUAUAAACUUUAUUCCACACAUUAUGGUCAAAAAUUCACUUUUGAGAGGCAUUGGAACAUGCUUCGGCUGGAGCAAAAAUGGAGAAGUCAACUACCUACACAGAGUGGCGGCUCAAAGAGAACCAAGGUUAGUGCAACUGGAGCAUACUCAUCCUCAUCAAACCCAGAAACACCGUUGGCUGACGAACCCGGUGUGGACUCUCCCGUUUACUUAAUGCUGACACGUCUACAAUGA